AUGGGUGUAACCUGGUCGCAAUUCUUUCCGCCUCCUCCUUCCCUGACAGAAACCAAUCUCCCUAGCCCAGCAGGCAAAGUCUUCAUAGUCACCGGUGGCUAUAGCGGAGUUGGAUUUGAGCUAUGCAUUAUUCUCUACAAAGCAGGUGGUAGAGUUUACAUCGCCGGUCGCUCCAAAGAGAAGGCAUUACAUGCAAUUGAAAGAAUCAAAGCAAUCUCCAAGUCAUCCUCUGCAGGUGCAGACAUUAUCUUUCUCUUUCUCUCUCUGGACGACUUGACCACAAUAAAACCAGCCGUGCAACAAUUUAUUAGCGCUGAAUCACGCCUGGACAUUCUCUUCAACAAUGCAGGUAUAUCCAAUCCUCCCCAAGGAUCCGUCUCGCCUCAAGGUCACGACCUCCAGCUGGCGACAAACUGCCUCGGGCCACAUCUUCUUACACAGCUCCUGCUGCCUGUCCUUCUGCAUACGGCCAAAAGCAUUCCUCCUGCUGGUGUUCGAGUGAUAUGGACAGGAUCCCUCGUUGUCGAUAUCUCUGCGCCAGUCGGUGGAUUGGAAAUAUCAGAGCUUCUUCGAAAAGAAACAGAUCCAGCUCGCAAUUACAUAAACACCAAGGUGGGAAACUGGUUUCUGGCAAAGGCUUUGGCAGGUCAAGUUGGCGCAAGUGGCAUCUUAAGCGUGGUACAAAAUCCAGGGAAUCUGAGAACAGAUAUCGCCCGGCAUUUUUCAGUGAUUCUUCGGUGUCUCGUAGCACCGCUGGCAUAUCACGCUAAAUUCGGUGCGUAUACUUCGCUUUGGGCGGCUUUUUCUCACGAGCUUAAAAUUGCUGAUGGAGGGAGCUAUAUUAUCCCCUGGGGUCGUUUCCAUCCCUGUCCAAGAGAUGAUUUGUUGCGAGCCAUGGAAACGAAGCAGCAAGGGGGGACUGGGUCUGCGGAUACGUUUGUGCAGUAUUGUGGCGAUCAGGUUGCAGACUAUCUAGCAUGA